UCUCUUUGUUAAACCAUGGCCCAUCGGCUGCGGUUUCAUUUUGGCUCUGGACGAAGCAACACGGCCCCUGAAUCUGAGAUCCUAGACCGAGAGAGAGAAGAUGACUUUUUCAUGGCAUUCCACACUUUGCCAAGAAGAAACAGUCCUCAUCCUUUCUCCCGACAUGGAGCGGAUUAUGGUGGCGGUGAUUUGCAAGAAGUGGGCUCCUUAAAAAGAAGCACAUCUAUGUUUAUUCCUCAGCUGCUGAACAAUAUUGAUGUGCGUCCAACAAGGAGCUCAUCUAUGCAGAUCUCUCUUCAGCGCAAAGCUGUGAACGGCUGUGCUGAUGAGUGUGGAGCCCCAGAGUCUCCUGAGGAGACUCUUCCAUGUAAAUUUUCAGACUUCAGGGAGCAUUACACAUGCCCCAUUGACAGCCAUUCUUUUUCUCCAAGCAGUCCACAAGUGACCCCAGAGAAUUCUCCACCCAGGAUGCCUGAAGAGACUGGGCAACGGCUUAAUGGAGCUGUUUCCUGUAAUCACAGAAUAUUUUGUACAAUUCCUUCCAAUAACCAGAAUGAUGAUGUCGCAACGACUGCCGAAGAAGAUGAAGCAAGUGAAGCAGCUUCAGGGUUAAACAUAAGUGGUGUAAGAAUUCAGCAUCGUGCUUCAAGCGCAGAUAUGCAUCAGGUUAUGCUAUCGCCCUUUGGUUCCGAGGUUCGGGAUAACGCCCUUGCCUCUGAACCCAGACGCUGGUCUUUGCAGCAUCUGCCAGACAUGUCAGCAAAUUCAGGGAAAAAGUUGUUUGUUUUCCAGUUGCAGCAAUCACAGGCAAGUGGUACAGGUACAGGAAGCGACUAUAAUUUUGGCUUUACAGGAACAAAAGGGAAUAGAUUGGUAAGGUAUCCUCGCAUACGGCUGGAGAGGAGUACUUCCUACCCUGUCCAGCCGCGACCAGAACAAAUUAGCCUUGUAGAAAAUGGAGGGAAUUCAGAACUGCAUGGAAAUAGCAGAAAUGGGUCAGAAAUAUCUAGAAGCAAUUCGGUAGAGAGGAUUCCUCAAGGGCAGGGAUGCUUGUUUAAAAUCAGACCAGAUCAAAACACAAGGCAGCAACACUUCAGAAUUCUUGUAACCCGUGGUACUGAAGAACAAAAUCAAGUUUCUGAUGAAGACAGCCCUGAUACCUCUGGGCCUACAGUGACCAGUGCCACAACUAGAGACGACUUCCUGGGUCAAGUGGACGUGCCACUUAAUCAUCUACCGACAGAAGACCCAACCAUGGAACGGCCAUACACGUUUAAGGAUUUCCUUCUCAGACCAAGAAGCCACAAAUCUCGGGUAAAGGGUUUUUUGAGACUGAAAAUGGCCUAUAUGCCAAAAAAUGGAGGACAAGAGGAAGAAACUAGUGAACAAAGGGAGGAAUCUGAGCGUGCAUGGGAGGUGGUUGACUCCAAUGACUCUGUAUCUCAUCAUCAAGAGGAGUUACCACCUCCUCCACUGCCUCCUGGAUGGGAAGAAAAAGUGGACAAUUUGGGCCGUACUUACUAUGUCAACCAUAACAACAGGACAACUCAGUGGCACCGACCAAGUUUAAUUGACGUUGCAUCUGAUUCAGACAACAACAUCAGACAGAUAAACCAAGAGGCAGCCCAUAGACGGUUUCGUUCUCGGAGACACAUUAGUGAGGAUUUGGAGCCUGAGCCUUCGGAGAGUGGAGAUGCAUCUGAACCCUGGGAAACCAUUUCAGAGGAAGCGAGUAUAAGUGGAGAUUCCUUAAGCCUGUCAUUGCCACCACCCCCGGCUUCUCCAGUCUCUCGGACCAGUCCUCAGGAGCUGUCUGACGAAUUGAACAGAAGACUUCAGGUCACUCCUGAUUCCAAUGGGGAACAAUUUGCUUCUUUGAUUCAGAGAGAUCCUUCUUCAAGAUUGAGAUCUUGCAGUGUAACAGAUGCAGUUGCUGAACAGUCUCACUUAUCACUGCAGAGUGGUCCAUCUAGGAGAGCUCGUUCUUCAACUGUCACAGGUGGUGAAGAACCAACGCCAUCAGUGGCCUACGUACAUACUACACCAGGCUUACCUUCAGGCUGGGAAGAAAGGAAAGAUGCUAAGGGACGUACAUAUUAUGUCAAUCAUAACAAUCGAACCACAACUUGGACUCGGCCCAUUAUGCAGCUUGCAGAAGAUGGUGCAGUUGGGUCAGCAGCAAACAGUAACAACCAUCUAAGUGAGCCUCAGAUAAGACGGCCUCGGAGCCUCAGCUCACCCACAGUCACUUUAUCUGCUCCACUCGAGUUUGCCAAGGACUCGCCUGUGCGCAGAGCUGUCAAGGACACCCUUUCCAACCCACAGUCUCCACAGCCAUCACCCUAUAAUUCUCCUAAGCCCCAACACAAAGUGACACAGAGCUUCUUGCCACCUGGUUGGGAGAUGAGAAUAGCUCCAAAUGGCAGGCCCUUCUUCAUUGAUCAUAAUACUAAGACUACCACAUGGGAAGAUCCACGGCUGAAAUUUCCAGUACAUUUGAGAUCAAAAGCUUCUUUGAACCCUAAUGAUUUGGGCCCUCUUCCUCCUGGUUGGGAGGAAAGAAUCCAUUUGGAUGGAAGAACAUUUUAUAUAGAUCAUAGAAGCCAGGUGUUGAUAUGUGGAGACAUUGAUACCAGAGACUUAGUGCCCUCAUACGAUAGUAAAAUUACUCAGUGGGAAGACCCCAGAUUGCAGAACCCUGCUAUUACUGGUCCAGCUGUUCCCUAUUCCAGAGAGUUCAAACAGAAAUACGAUUACUUCAGGAAGAAGUUAAAGAAACCAGCUGAUAUACCAAACAGAUUUGAGAUGAAACUACACAGAAACAAUAUUUUUGAGGAAUCCUAUAGAAGAAUCAUGUCUGUGAAGAGGUCAGAUGUACUAAAAGCCAGACUCUGGAUUGAAUUUGAGUCAGAAAAAGGACUUGAUUAUGGAGGCGUGGCUAGAGAAUGGUUCUUCCUGUUGUCUAAGGAGAUGUUUAAUCCUUAUUAUGGUCUCUUUGAAUAUUCAGCAACGGACAACUAUACCCUUCAGAUUAAUCCCAAUUCAGGUCUUUGUAAUGAAGAUCAUCUGUCCUAUUUCACAUUUAUUGGACGAGUUGCUGGCCUGGCAGUGUUUCAUGGGAAGCUAUUAGAUGGCUUCUUCAUCAGGCCUUUUUAUAAGAUGAUGCUGGGGAAACAAAUAACGCUGAAAGACAUGGAGUCAGUGGAUAGUGAAUAUUAUAACUCUUUGAAAUGGAUCCUGGAAAAUGACCCUACGGAGCUGGAUCUCAUGUUUUGCAUAGAUGAGGAAAACUUUGGACAGACAUAUCAAGUUGAUUUGAAGCCAAAUGGGUCAGAAAUCAUGGUAACAAAUGAAAACAAAAGGGAAUAUAUUGACUUAGUCAUCCAGUGGAGGUUUGUAAACAGAGUUCAGAAACAAAUGAACGCUUUCUUGGAGGGAUUCACAGAACUCCUUCCUAUAGAUUUGAUUAAAAUUUUUGAUGAAAAUGAGUUGGAGUUAUUAAUGUGUGGCCUUGGAGAUGUUGAUGUUAACGACUGGAGACAACACACAAUCUACAAGAAUGGUUACUGCCCAAAUCAUCCUGUCAUCCAGUGGUACUGGAAGGCUGUCUUACUGAUGGAUGCUGAAAAGCGAAUCCGGUUGUUGCAGUUUGUUACUGGGACAUCACGAGUGCCUAUGAAUGGAUUUGCUGAACUUUAUGGUUCAAAUGGUCCUCAGCUGUUUACAAUAGAGCAAUGGGGAAGUCCUGAAAAAUUGCCCAGAGCUCACACAUGCUUUAAUCGCCUUGACUUACCUCCUUAUGAAUCUUUUGAAGAUUUACGAGAGAAGCUUCUUAUGGCAGUUGAAAAUGCUCAAGGAUUUGAAGGAGUGGAUUAAAACAGCUACUUUUUUUUUUCCCAUCGAGCAAGUUCUGCUUGAACUGUUGAAUUUGCCUAAUGGACAUUAACAAGUGACAAUGGCAGAACAGUUGCACAAUGUUGGUUCAUGGAGCAAACUCUUCUACAGUGCAGUUGCCUAAAUUCAGAAAUUUGAACUACAACCUGUGGAUAACACUUCUGAUAUUUCCACAGUAAAUCACCAACUGGUUGACGUGUACUCUAAUUACAUUUCAGCAGGACUUGUUCUAUUUAUGUUGUGCCUCUGUAGGCAAAGCCCUUAAUAAAUAUUUUACAUACUUUCUAAUGACAAUGAAUGGAAUUAAUCACUUUACAGGUAUAGUAUUACAACUCAUGUUUACUUUUUAAAUGAUUUAGACAUUUUCCGAUUUUAUUUCAUCACAAUUAAAAAUGUCAUCUACUUGGAAAAAUGAGCAUUUUUUCUUAUCUUAAUUUCAUACCAGACUUCAUGCCAGUGGCAUUUUUACUUUCAAAAUGCAUUUUGAGCCUUGUCCUCCCAACCUAUUAGAAAAGCUGGAGUAAGAAAAGCUGUGAGAAAUUUUCUGCAGAUGGAAUAUAUUAAUGGCAAAUCUAAAAGCUUUUCAUUCAGCACAUUAAUAUUUUCUGUACCCAGAAGAAAAAGUACAGAUUGGAUGUUACAUUUUUGUAUAAAUCAAUAGAAUAGUUACAAGCUGAGAGAGGAUCAUAACAUAGCAUGCCAAAUCUCACGGUCAAUAAAGAAAUCACCUCAUUAUUCCUUGGUAAUAUUUAUGUGUACUAUAAAACAUUUUGGGAUAGGGUUGGCAUUAUCAUUAUAGGAAAAAAAUGCUUAACCCGGUCAUUAACUUUGUACAGUGGUUCUUUUACUAUCCUUUCCUCUUUACUAUUUGCAAUGGAGGCAUUUUGAAUGAAACCUGGCACUGCUUGAUUUGGAACUGUGGAAACCAGAUCUGUUUUUGUCUCCUAUUUGUAUGCAUUUGCUAAUGAUACCUAAAUAACAAGGUUGGGGUUUUUUUGUUUGUUUCCAACUGCACCAACUCUAAAGGCACUUUAUGUAACACAUGGAGGUCAUAUCUGUUUUUUAUCAUAAACAUUAAUGUGAUUAUAUUCCUUCUCCCUGCACAUGUCUUUCGGGUGCAAUAUCUAUCAAUUGUGAAUUUGGCUGCUGCUGCUGUAUAAAAACCAGAUGUAGAGCUGGGCCUGCAGACAUGUUCUCACCAAUUGUUUUUUGUGAUUUUUUUUAUUCAAUCACAAAGAUUUAUUUAAUAUAUACAGUUAUCUAAUCAAUUUUGUUACCUAUGACAUGUUGCAUGCUUAAACUAUAAUGCCUGAGUUGUAUCUGUUGUGUGAUAGAUUAAAGGCAAAAGAGAAGA